AUGAUUCGUUUAAACGAGCUUACGGCUCUGUCACUCCUCGUCUGCUGCUUCUUUGCAUGCUUAUCGGAAGGUAAAACGCGCUUUAGAUCUCACGGACGCCUCGCUGGAGAUGCCACAUUUGACUAUGUUGUCGUUGGAGGGGGUACAGCAGGACUCACUAUUGCAUCACGACUCGCGGAGCACCAGUAUCAAGUGGCAGUGGUUGAGGCGGGUGGCUAUUAUGAGUACAUGUACCCAUUAGCCCGAGUGCCAGGAGCUUGCAGUCUCGGAGCUGGUGCAGAUGUCCGAACUACAACACCGAUCGAUUGGGGCUUCAUGGUGCAUGGAGCGCCUGGUGCGAACUUCCGUGAUAUACAUUACCCGAGGGGUAAAUGCCUGGGCGGAUCGUCUGCAUCCAAUUUCAUGAUAUACCAAAGGCCAUCUAAACAGUCGUUGGAAGUUUGGGCAGAACUUGUCAAUGAUUCGAGUUAUCUGUUCGACAACGUGCUGCCUUACUUCAAGAAAACCGUCUCGUUCUCACCUCCGUUUGGAACUCGGUUUGCAAACGCGACUCCACUUUUCAACGCAACCUCCUUUGACCACGAUGGCCAGCCGGUGCAAGUAUCGUACCCGAAGUAUGCCACCCCAUUUUCCACUUGGGUGAAACGAGGCAUGAGCGAAGUUGGGAUUGAAGAAGUGGAAGAUUUCAACAGUGGUAGUCUCAUGGGUCAUCAAUAUUGCGCCAUGACGAUCCAGCAAGCAGAUGCAUCGCGAAGUAGUUCCGAGUCUGCUUUCCUUCAAACAGGGUUCAGGUUUGGGUCAUGGACAGUGUAUCAGUUCGCCAUGGCGAAGAAGAUUAUCUUCGAUGCAAAUCACCGGGCCACUGGUGUUGUCGUUGAACAAGGAAACCAAUUCAUUCUCAGUGCAAGGCGAGAAGUCAUUAUCUGCGCGGGUGCAUUCCAAUCCCCGCAGCUGUUGAUGGUUUCUGGUCUUGGUCCGGCCGAGAUUAUACAUGCACACGGUAUUGACCUCGUCGUCGAUCUGCCGGGCGUUGGUCAAAAUAUGUGGGAUCAUGUGUUUUUCGGGCCUUCAUAUGAAGUCAACGUGCCAACUUUGGGAAUGCUGAAUAACGACCUCAUAUCCAUGCUCGUACAGGUGGAAAUGUGGCUGCUCGGAGGAAAUGGGAUUCUAACAAAUCCAUCGACCGAUUACAUCGCCUUUGAAAAACUGCCAAAAGCUUCGCGCUCUCAAUUUUCCGACAUGAAUGAGCAGGAUCUGGCAUGGUUUCCAAGUGAUUGGCCAGAAGUCGAGUACAUUGCAGGAUCUGCAUUUGAAGGGAACUUCUCAGAUCCGUACGCCGAGCAGCCUCGAAACGGCAAGUAUGCCACCGUUGCUGGAGUGCUAGUGGCUCCAACAUCACGGGGGAACAUCACUAUCCGCUCAGCCGACAUGGCGGAUCCGCCGACGAUAAAUCCAAACUGUCGCGCCAGAGUUUUCGGUGUUACAGGAUUGCGUGUUGUCGAUGCGAGCUCCUUUCCAGUACUUCCGCCAGGCCAUCCUCAAUCGACAGUUUACAUGCUGGCGGAAAAGAUUGCCGCCGAUAUCAUCUCUGGUGGACCGCAGUAA